AUAGAGGCACAGAGGGGAAAGAGAAAAGCAAGGGAGAAAACGGAGUCUGCUUCUGCCUGCUACACUUCUCUUUCAGCACCAAGGACAGAGCUUCUGAAGGGCUGACCCAAGUGAUACUCAGUUUAGGGUCCCUCCCAAAUCCUCUAGAGAAAAUGGUGCAUUCGAAAGCAGUCAUGAAACAUGCAGUAAGGUCUAAUAGGGAAGCUGGAAGAGCAGCACACAAAUGAUUUCACCUUAGAGGCAAUUUCCACAGUUUCUGUGUCCCGAGAAAGGCAAAGUUUGCUUUGCUUGGGCAUGUCUGCUGUUCGUAAAUGGUUAUAGGAGCUGAAGUGCUAAACCCCACAGCCUCCAGAAAUCAGAAGAAAUUAUCAGGGAAACGCGUGGGGGUUACCCUGCUCCCUCCAGGCGAUGGCACCUCUCAACCAGCUGGGGAGCCACAUCAACUCGACCUGUGCAGCAGAGAACUCCACAGGGGCCGGCCGGGCCCGCCCACACGCCUACUAUGCCCUCUCCUACUGCGCACUCAUCCUGGCCAUCAUCUUUGGCAAUGGUCUGGUGUGUGUAGCUGUGCUGAAGGAACGCGCCCUGCAGACCACCACCAACUAUCUGGUGGUGAGCCUGGCCAUAGCGGACCUGCUGGUGGCCACCCUGGUAAUGCCCUGGGUGGUGUACCUGGAGGUGACAGGUGGGGUCUGGAAUUUCAGCCGAGUUUGCUGCAAUGUUUUCGUCACUCUGGAUGUCAUGAUGUGCACAGCCAGCAUCCUGAACCUCUGUGCCAUCAGCAUCGACAGGUACACUGCUGUGGUCAUGCCAGUUCACUACCAGCAAGGCACAGGACAGAGCUCCUGUCGACGCGUGGCCCUCAUGAUCACAGCUGUCUGGGUGCUGUCCUUUGCUGUGUCUUGCCCUCUCCUCUUUGGCUUCAACACCACAGGAGACCCCAGCAUCUGCUCCAUCUCCAACCCUGACUUUGUCCUCUACUCUUCAGUGGUGUCCUUCUACCUGCCCUUCGGAGUGACUGUCCUCGUCUAUGCCAGGAUCUACGUGGUGUUGAGACAGAGGAGACGGAAGCGGAUCCUCACUCGACAGAAUAGUCAGUGCCUCAGUAUCAGACCCGGCUUCCCCCAACAGCCCCUCUCCCCUGGCCAGACACAGGUGGAGCUGAAACGCUACUACAGCAUCUGCCAAGACACUGCCUUGGGAACACCAGGAUUCCAAGAAGCGGAGGGAGACUUGAAAAGGGGAGGGAGGACUCAGAACUCUCUCAGCCCUACCAUGGCACCUAAACUCAGCCUAGAAGUUCGAAAACUCAGCAAUGGCAGGUUAUCAACAUCCCUGAGGCUGGGGCCCCUGCAACCUCGGGCAGUGCCUCUGCGGGAGAAGAAGGCAACCCAGAUGCUGGUCAUUGUGCUUGGGACCUUCAUUGUCUGCUGGCUGCCCUUCUUCUUGACCCAUGUUCUCAAUACCCACUGCAGAGCAUGCCACGUGUCCCCACAGCUCUACAGUGCCACCACAUGGCUGGGCUAUGUGAAUAGUGCCCUCAACCCCGUGAUCUAUACCACCUUCAACAUGGAGUUCCGGAAAGCCUUCCUCAAGAUACUGUCCUGCUGAAGGAGGAUAGGAGAGAAGACUCCCUGUGCCCACCUUUAGCUGCCAGGCCACAGUGCUGCUGGCCAAGGCCUGCUCAGAAUGAUGGUGCAGUGUUUUCUGAAUGGGGAAGGAAGGAGAUCCCUGGAGCAAGGAUGUCCCUGUGUGGCAGAUGUCACCAACUACUUCCUCUAGAACAGCAUGUUCUACCUCCCCAGCUAAAAUCUGACUUCACUCUGGCAAUCUUGAAGUGGUUCAGGGCCCCUGAAUGACAAGCAAUAAUUCAGAGAGAAGCUGAUGGAACACGAUUUCACACACAAACACAAUUGUCAUCAGAGGCAUGAUUCAUUACGUGAAGGAAAUAAUGAACAGAGCUCAUAAUUUUCAA